CCUGUGGUGACACUGAUGCUCACAGAUUUCUCCUCUCUCAUCCUUCUCUCUGCAUUGCUCCCUUCUCCUCCUUUCCCAUUGCUGUGCUCUUCUUUCUCUUUCUUUCCCUGUACUUUUCCCCUCUUUUUCCCGAACAACUACCGUCUGCUCUCUUCUUACUCCUCACACUCACCCCCUCUUUCUCUCCAUCUCAUUCCCCUCUCCUGUCCUCUUUUGGUGCAUGGAGAGAGGGUCUCUGGCCCCCACCUGCAUCCCUCCUCUCCACCUCCCUCCAUGGGCGUCCGAGCAUCCUGCAGGCCAGACCCUGCAUCCCAGCAGAAUGACUCUCCUCUCCCAGACCAGGAUGAGGAGAUACUGGGCUCUGACGAUGAGGAGCAGGAAGACCCCAAUGACUACUGUAGAGGAGGUUACCACCAUGUGAAGAUAGGAGACCUGUUCAAUGGAAGAUACCAUGUGAUCAGGAAGCUGGGCUGGGGACAUUUCUCCACUGUGUGGUUGGCCUGGGACAUACAAGGGAAGUGUUUUGUGGCCAUGAAGGUGGUGAAGAGUGCAGAGCAUUACACUGAGACAGCCCUGGAUGAGAUCAAGCUGCUGAGAUCAGUCAGGAACACGGACCAGAAGGACCCCAGCAGGGAGAGGGUAGUUCAGUUACUGGAUGACUUCAAGAUCUCUGGCAUGAACGGAACUCAUGUCUGUAUGGUGUUUGAGGUUCUGGGUCAUCACCUGCUGAAGUGGAUCAUCAAGUCUAACUACCAGGGCCUUCCUCUGCCCUGCGUCAAGAGCAUCAUACGACAGGUUCUCCAGGGCCUGGACUACCUUCACUCCAAGUGUAAGAUCAUCCAUACAGACAUCAAGCCAGAGAACAUCCUGUUGACGGUCAACGAGCCCUACAUCAAGAAGAUGGCUGCCGAGGCAACAGAAUGGCAGAGGACUGGAGCUCCACCCCCCUCCGGUUCCGCAGUGAGCACAGCUCCAGCACCCAAACCAACGGUGAAGAUGUCUAAGAACAAGAAGAAGAAGAUGAAGAAGAAACAGAAGAAGCAGGCAGAGAUGUUAGAGAAGAGGAUUCAGGAGAUGGAGGGAGCGCCGGAAGGAGUAGAGGAAGAGGAGGAGGGGGAGGAAGAGACCACUGCAGACACCCCCCCGCCCUCGUCUGACACGCUACAGGACACGGCUAAUGAUUUCACAGCAGGUCCAGAUAAACCGGAAGAGAAGCAGGAGGAGGAGGAGAGCAGGAUGGAGAAGCAGGAGGAGGAGGAGAGCAGGAUGGAGGUGACCUGCAACGGCCACGCAGAGGAAGACACUGCAAGCCAGGAGGUACAAAGGACUGAGGAAGAAGAGGAGAAAGACGAAGAGGACCAACAGAAAGCCAACAAACUCAACGCCAGCACGGACGGUCGGGACCUGCCGGUCAAUGCAACUUACCCAGAGUACAACGGCAAAGGUCCCGGUGACCCACACGAUCCCGGUACAGACGAUAAAGUAGCAGCAGGUAGUCUGUUGGUCAACCCUCUGGAACCUCUCAAUGCAGACAAGAUCCAGAUCAAAAUCGCUGACCUGGGGAACGCCUGCUGGGUGCACAAACACUUUACAGAUGACAUACAAACUCGCCAGUACCGUUCUCUGGAGGUGUUGAUGGGAGCGGGCUACGGGACGCCUGCUGAUAUCUGGAGUACUGCUGCUAUGGCCUUUGAGCUGGCUACAGGGGACUACCUGUUUGAGCCUCACUCCGGACAGGACUACACCAGAGAUGAAGACCACAUUGCGCUGAUCAUUGAGCUGCUGGGUAAAGUUCCUAGGAAGCUGAUCCUAGCAGGAAAAUACUCCAAGGAAUUCUUCACCAAGAAAGGGGACCUCCGGCACAUCACCAAGCUGAAGCCGUGGGGUCUGUUGGAGGUGUUGGUAGAGAAGUAUGAGUGGUCUAAAGAGGAGGCAGCUACCUUCUCCAGCUUCCUGCUCCCAAUGCUAGACCUGGUACCAGAGAAGAGAGCCACGGCUGCGGAGUGCCUCCGACACGCAUGGAUCGCCCCCUAGAGGAUCCCCGGCGCUACCACAGCCACAAGCAGCACAUAUGCAGUACAUACAGACAGACAUGUACAUAAACACACAUUCAAACAUGCGUAAACACACACCUCAACGGAGAGCCAGUGCUUUCACUAUGACUGCAUCUCCACCUAGUGGUUCAACACACACACACGGCUGAACACCCUCGUGUCCUAGAUAUAAUCCAGUAGAACUCUUAUCUGUUCGUCUGUUAUUUAGUUCCUUUGUUUAACUGACUGGAUAUCACUUGAGUAUCAAUGUCUUUUCUCUCCGUACCAACGAUGACACCUAGGUAACUCUUUUUGUUCUGAGAAUAUCCUGUCUUUUUUGAUUGAAUACACACCUGUCAGAGUUAAGAUCAAACCUUACAGACCUCCAAUGGAAAAUAUCUCCAGAACACCAACUGUCUGUACCACUAGACUAGCACAUCACAAUUGUUUUUGUUUUUUAUGUACAGUAUUGAUAGAGGUUAGUUUAGAUCUUUAUUUUGUGUUUGUGGGGAAGAGUAGCUGCCUAGAAUACGAUAAAGACGUUUUGGACUGUCAUAGAUUCUAAGGAUUCUCCAUGAAAUCUUCCUGAACGGAAUGGAACCGUCUGGUUCCGUAAGAUCGUCCCUGUCCUUCGGUGUCACGCUCCGGGUAGCAGCUUUGUAAUAGCACUUCGCACAAUGUGGGGAUAGUACCAUGAACCAAAUGUAAUUUACUACUUUCUGUUACCUGCAUGGGUCCACAGACCAUGACUAAUGCUACUGAAUAACCAUGUUUCAUAUGUUCUCUCGUGGUGUUUAACGUUCCAGACAAGGUUUGCCUCAGAAAGAAAAGAAGAAAAAAAUAUUUUGGUGUUAGAUGGUGUGAUACAAUAUCAUGAGAAUUUCCUACUUUCACAAUAUGAUCAGAAUGGGAGUACUACUGUAUCUGAUUCAAGAACACCCGAUUUUUAUUUUCUAUUCAGAAGGUCAUGGUUGCCUUCCAAAAAUGUCCACCCUGUUCCCUAUAAAGUUAGGAACAGGGUGCCAUUUUGAACAGACCCCUGUGUUGUACAUAUCUGUGCUCAAAACGUUGACCUUAGUUCUCUGCUUUCCCUCUACAGAACAGCUGCUGUUUCAACGGUGUACGUUUACACCGUUGAGAGGAUGCUGUCUGCGUCCCAAAUGGCACCCUAUUCCCUACAUAGUGCACUACUUUUGACCAGAUUCUUAAGGGCCCAGUUCAAAAGUGGUGCACUAUAUAGGGAAUAGGGUGCCACUUGGGACGGAACAUGUCUGCGUCGUUUCGGAUGUCAACUGAUGCCUUGAGACGCAUUUGCUAGUUUUUUGCUGCAUUUUAAAGCAUAUUUUCAUACUGAUGUUGCCCCGCUUGCAGUGGUCUGCUGUUUUAACUGCAUCAAAGAGAAACUAAAUCGUGGAUUGUAAUAAUAAUGAGGCUGGAAUAAGGCUUUGAAGGCUCCCCUCCCCUGUUGCUCUUUUUCUACAAGCCUCUCUCCCUUCUCUCUUUCCCUGACCGCUCCUUCCCCCUUCCUCCUCCUCUGCCUUUGAUUGUUUACUGCUAAAUCGAGCCUCUUUUCUGUACUUAAUAAAAAAUGAACAUUUUAAAAAUG